AUGACGGAAUUUGAGAAGAUAGGAGGCGGUCUCCCCGUGAUGCGCUCGGAAGACAAACUUUCGAGCUCGAACAACUACCAUGAAUGGCGCCGUUUCAUGACCAACUACCUCAAUGUACGCGGCCUCGCGCAAGUCGUCGAUGGUGACAUGCCUAUACCCUGCAAGCCCAGCAAGGUGGCGAACCUCAGUACGGAGGACGUCACCACUUACCGUCUGUGGUGCUCGGCAGACCGCCAAGCAUAUUCCAUUAUCAACUCCGCCCUCAGCCCAACUCUCGCCCAGUGUCUUCCCCCGGACCUCCGCGUGUAUCAACCUCCCGCACCGGAACAUUCGUUCACAGCUCAGUCCAAGCGCCUGUGGGACUUCUUGAAAGGCCACUAUUCUGCGGUGCGCCUGGCCAGGAAGAUCGAACUCCUGCGGGUGCUGGUGCGUGCCGACCUGGAAGAGGGUGGCGACGUCAAGGCACACACUGGUAAACUUGCCAGUGCCCACAGCGACCUCGCCGAGGCGGAUGUUGUCAUCCCCGACGAACUGUACACUCUGCUGGUGCUUAUGUCACUGCCUGAAUCGUAUGAGUCCGUCACCGACACCAUUAUGGCACAGACUGUGUGUCCUUCCUCCACUGAGGUCUUCUCUCGCAUCAUGGAUCACCAGAGCCGCCGUGACAUGCGUGAGCGCUCGGCGGCCUUCGCCAAGACACAAGCACAGGCCCUGCUCGCCAGCGGGAAGCUCAACGUUGGAGGCCGCAAGGGACGCAAGAUGGGUGGCGACCCCAACAAGAGGUGCAGCUUCCACAAUAUGCCAGGCCACAGCGACGAUGAGUGCUUCGGACUGCAUCCCGAACUGGCUCCCCCAGGUUGGAAGCCCAAACCCAAGGGCAAGGCGACCGACAAGGCGGCAGACAAGUCUGACAAGUCCGACAAGUCCGACAAGUCCGACAAGCAGGAGCCCUCCCCGAGGGACUGCCACGCAGCCUGCCUGGCUGAGGCGGAGUCGCGUGCCCCGGGCUACGAGGACGCCUACAUCACGGAGAUUGCGUACACACCCAACAGUGAGGAAGACUCCUCUUCCUUCGAACCACCCUGGGCCUCUACCCCUCGCAAGCAGGCCCGUCCGGGCACCCCAUCUAGGGAUGUGACCUUCGGUGUGCCGCAGUCCAUCCUCAAGCUACACGCCGAACUGACUGCGGCGAUGUCGGAUCAAGACGCCUCUCUCACCUCCGGGUCCCUCCUCGACGCGCCAUACCUGAGUGUGGGGCCAUCCCAAACCUUCCACUCGUGUGAAGACUUACUAGACACCUCGAUUGAUGCCGAGGAAGACCAAUCCCCAGUCCUGUCUCCUACUCCAUCCACCCAACGCACCUCACCCACCCCGUCACUCCCCGCUGAGGACACGACGGCGACGUCAAGUGAGGAGCCCUCGUCGGACUCAAUGACAUCGCGCCUUCGCAACCUCUCCCUCGAAUGCCCCUUCUGGAACUCAAUCCAAUCCAUCCAGUUCCCAGACCAAGGCAUCUGGGAGGAGGACGACCCCUUUCCCUUGACGACAUCCCGUGCGCCUGUCGCGUGCGUCGCCGAGAUCGAGGAGACUGAGGUGACAAGCCAAGAGGUUCUCUCCCUGAUGGCUUCUGAGACUUCAGCCCUCCAGUUCACGGUGGACACCGGCGCAAGCCAGCACAUGGUCCAUGAUGACUCGAUUCUGUCUGACAUCAAGCCCCUCGGCAACCCCAUCUAUGUGCGCGUGGCCAACAAGGCGCGCGUGCCGGCUGCUGGGCGCGGGACCCUGAAGCUGGCAAAUGGCAUUCAGCUCCACGACGUCCUCCAUGUUCCUGGCUUUGCCAGAAACUUGAUCAGUGUGGGCUCCAUGACCGCCACUGGCAAGACGAUGUGGGCCUUCGCCGGGGACCGUGCGUACUACCUCGACAACAACGGCUCGACGCUCCUUACGGGCAAGAAACAAGGUGGCCUCUUCGUCCUCGACGCACAGGCUCGUCAUGAUGGUACGCUUCCCAUGCCUGAGUCAAAUGUAGCCCAGACUGACAUCCUCUCUUCUUGGCACAACAGACUUGGCCACUUGAACGUCAAUGACGUAGUGAAGAUGGGGAAAGAAGGUCGUCUGGGCAGCAGUGACUUAUGGCAAAGGCUGGGAAGUAAAACCGUCUAUGAAUUUUGUUGUGAGCCGUGCAUCGUUGGAAAAGGGAAGCGCUUGCCGUCACCACCCUCGGACAUGAGGUCCCAAGAGCCGAAUGGCAUUGUCCACGUUGACUUGUGCGGCCCUAUCAACCCACCCUCGGCUGGCAACAAGCGCUACAUGAUGACUAUCUAUGAUGACUAUACCUGUCGACUGAGUGUCUACUUCCUGGUACGCAAGUCCGACGCGGCCAAGGAGAUCAUCCAACAUAUCUCCCUUGUGGAACGCCAAACCGACCACAAGGUCAAGGUCAUCCGCUCAGACGGGGGAGGCGAAUUCAGCUCCACAUGGUUCGCGACCCAACUCAGUUCUGCAGGGAUUGAGCAUGUGACGACUCCUCCAGACGCUCAUGCCCAGAACGGACGAGUGGAGCGGGCCCACCAAACCAUCAUGACACUUGUCCGCACUGUACUGGCGGCCUCGGGACUCCCCAUGAAGUACUGGGCAGAGGCAGCCAGGUAUGUGGCCUACACCCGGAACAGGGUACCGGCUGGACCGACGAGAGCGGUGCCAGAGGAGCUGUGGCGCAACCGCAAGCUACGCUAUACGCACAUGAAGCCUUUUGGAGUGGAGGUAUACGUUCGGGAUCACACUCAGACCCACAAGCUGAAACCCCGGUACCUGCAUGGACACUUUAUGUGCUAUCAGGAAGGAACGGAGAACUUUCGAGUCCUCCUCGACAACGGCAAGGUCAUUACCUCCAGAGAUGUCGUGUGGCCCAAGGGACCUAUCCGAGGCCGCAGACCAGAAGGCGUCCAGCGAAUGAACAUCAACAAGGGGUACUGGGAGAGUGUCGACGACUCGGACUUCGAGUACAUCACGCCCAAUGUAUCCCUCAUCAACCUGCCCACGACGGGCCAGGACCAGCUGACGGUACAGAGCGAGGACCCCUCGGGAGACACGCCACAGGCUUCGACACAGGAAGAAACGGAUGGCCCACGGCCUGAAGCAGCUCCGGAGCGACCACUCAUUGAUCUGAGUGAAGAUGCCCCGCCCCGCCGGAACCCGGUGCGUGCCGUCCGUAUGCCACUCGAGGACCGACCGCAACCUCAGCCUCCCAAGCCGUCUACCAAAAGCCAGUGGCCCGGUUGGCACUGGGAAGAGACGUCAAGGAUCGAGCAACCUGGUACUACUGACCGGGAGGAUACGGCGGUGCCAACUCUGCCGGGCGACACAUCGACAAGGGCCUUGUUGGAACCUCUCAACCCCCAGGCAAACCUGGCGACCGAAGAAGGGGGGCUGGAACCAGAGUGCCUACUCGCCCAUGCGCUGGCAGCUACUGGUAUCCCGCAGAACUACCAAGAGGCGCGCCAAUCCCCGGAUUGGCCAAUCUGGGAGAAGGCCAUGAAGGAGGAACUGGCGAAGAUGGACAAGUACAAGGUCUGGAAACCCGUGCCUCGGAACAAGAACCUGCGCGUCCUGCCCUGUCGCUGGGUCCUCGAUUACAAGAUUGAUCCCACAACGGGAGAACCCACGAUCCCGAAGGCACGAUGGGUGGCCAAGGGCUAUCGUCAAGUCAAGGGCCUCGAUUACAACGAUCUUCACUCGAAUGUGAUCCACAAAGACGCCCUCCGCGUUUUCUUUGCCAUUGUGAACCACCUAGACCUGGAGUGCGAUCAGGUGGACAUUACGGCGGCCUUCCUCAACGGAGAACUGCACGAAGACAUCUACGUGGAACCGCCAGAGGGCUCGGGCUACCCACCGGACACCGUACUGAAACUGCUGCGCACACUGUACGGCCUCAAGCAAUCCCCGAGGUGCUUCAAUGAAACCCUGGAUGCGUUCUUGAGGAGUGAGGGGUUCCGACCGACCAAGGCAGACCCGUGUCUCUACGUGAAGAUCCUCCGCCACCUGAUAAUGCUGCUGGCACUGCAUGUGGACGACCAACUGGUGGCCGGCAAUGACAGGGGGGAGCUCGACCUUUUCAAGAAGAGACUACAUGCCAGGUUUGAGUGUAAGGAUGGUGGACCCGUCUCCUACUUCUUGGGAAUCAAUGUCCGGAGAGAUAGGCUUAACCGGAAACUGUGGCUGUCGCAGGAACACUACAUCAAGGCAAUCCUCGAACGCUUCGGGGUGACACACUCCAAGCCAGUCACUGUGCCGCUGCCAUCCAACUUCAAACCCAAGGCGCCGACCGAUGAGGAAUAUGAACAGGUGAAACACUUCGACUACCCUGGCAGGGUGGGCUCAGUCCUGUAUGCCUCAACAAUAACCCGACCUGACAUUGCUUUUGCUGCUGGUACGCUGGCCCGCUACACAACCAAGUGGGGACCUUCGCAGGUGGCCGCUGUCUCGCACCUCCUGCGGUACCUUGCCUCGACUGUCGACUUCGCGCUGGUCUUUGACGCGGCUGGAUCAGAAAGAACAGUCCUCGGCUAUGUCGACGCCAAUUGGGGAGGUUGCCUGGACACAAGGCGCUCCACCACCGGCUAUGUCUUCAAGGCCUAUGGCGGAGCAGUGGCAUGGAAGUCAAAACGGCAACAGACGACGGCACUGUCCACGACCGAGGCGGAGUACAUGGGUCUCUCUGAUGCCGCUCGUCAGACCGUCUGGCUCCGCCAACUUCUCAAGGAACUGGGACUCCUGCCGGAUGGUCCGACCAACCUCCUGUGCGACAAUGAAGCCGCCGUACUCCUAUCCAAGGAUGCCGUGCAACACGAACGAACCAAACACAUCGACAUGCGCCACCACUUUACGCGCGAGAAGUACCAGGAUGGCACUCUCCAGGUAACUCGGGUGCCAACUGACAACAAUGUAGCUGAUUUCUUCACCAAACCCACCACCGCCGGCAAUCAACACCUUGUCCAAGCCCUUAUGCGCCCCGCUGGGUGCUGA